AUGUUUUACGACACCCUUCGACCAUAUGGCAUUACGAAAAUAGGACACGCCAUUACAAGUAACUGUGCAAUAGAAACUCGAGAAAGUUUUGCCUUAUAACGCUCUAAUCUUGUUACAGUUACUCUAUACUUAUCAAAAUGGCUCAAGCAGAUUGGGAUGAAGUCACAUACAUUAGAAAAAAACAACCCAAAUCUAGUCAACUGCGUUCUCAACAGGCUAUAAAUUCAGCACAGAGACAAGGUCUGACAGUUGAAACAUCAAAGAAAUAUGAUGGGGGCUCCAAUAGACAAGCCAAGGGAGAUAAGAACACUGCCAAACUGGACCGUGAAACUGAAGAGCUCCAUCAUGAUACUGUGGGACUGGACGUUUCUAAACUGAUUCAGUUAGGGCGAAGUGAAAAGAAGCUUACUCAAAAGGAUCUGGCUACAAAAAUCAAUGAAAAAACCCAAGUUAUCACAGAAUAUGAGAAUGGAAGGGCAAUCCCGAGCCAACAGGUGUUAGCUAAAAUGGAAAGGGUUCUUGGAAUGAAAUUGCGUGGCAAAGACAAGGGCCAACCACUGGGGGGCCCCAAAAAGUAAUCAAUCCCUUUCUGGGGCCCGAAAUUUCACCAUGUUGUGGUAUUCAUGUAAACUGUCAGAUGAAAACAGAGUUAGUAAUAUUUCGUCUCCUUGUAUUUAUAUGCUUCUUCAGUGUACAUAUGCAGACACACAGUCCAAUGACUCUACGAUGUAUUGCAGCUCAGCAUCUUUAUAUCAAUAAGCAAGGUUGAUGGUUCUUCUUUUCCCAUUUGGGUUUGAAAAGUUUGUUUUGACAGUUAUUUUUAGAAAAGAAAAAAAAAAAAAAAUGCUUUAAUAGGUUGGAAGGUUAUCAAUAUUUUUCACAUCCAAUGUCUGUUUUGUAUUUUUUAUUUUUGACUUUGUUUUUUCAACUUUUGCAUUCAGACAUUUUUAACAUCUGUAUUAUGGAUGAAAUAUAAACAUUUUGACAUUUAAAA